UACAUCAGCACUUUCACCCGUAUGUGCCUUUUUGCGGGUGAUGCGGUGAACACCGACGCUAAGAAGGCCCGGAAAUUUCUCAAGGGUCUCAACCAGAGGAUCCGUGAAUUGGUGGGAAGUCAUGGACCGAUGUCUUAUGCUGAUACCGUGAGCCGAGCCCAGGAGGUGGAGAGCUGUCUCAUUCUGGUUGUUCCCAUUCCAUCCUAUCCUCCCGCCUCUCAGCCUCCUCAGGCUAUUCAGUAUGCUCAGCCCAUCUCGGCCGUGCCGCCCGGCUCUAGCUCGGGUAAGAGGAAGUCCGACUUCAAGAACAAGGGCAAGGGAAAGAAAGUGAGCUUUGAUAGGCGUGACAACCGACCCUCUAACGGCCAAGCCUGUCCGAAAUGCAGUAGAUCCCAUAGCGGUGAGUGCCUAGCUAGCCAGCGCAUCUGUUUCAACUGCAACCGCCCGGGACACUAUGCUAAU